AUGUCGGAGUCUACCAACCUUGUGUCGCUGCAGGUGCGCAUCUGGGUGGCGGAGAAGGACGUUGCGAAAUACUUCGAAGCCCUCGGGGCUGUCUUUUACAAGAUUGCCCGCGAGCCCGAAUGCACGCUCUUCGAAGUGUAUCAGUCGCAGGAAAACAAGGGGGAGAUUUUAGUGCUCAAGAAUUGGAACGCAUCAAAGGAAUGGGUGGUGAAUGUGGCGAUGAAAAGACCGUACCUCGAUGAGUACCAUGAUACCGUCGAACCAUUGUUUAUCAAGCCCAAAGAGGUGACAAUUGCGGAUCGUAAGGCUGGGAAAUUCAGUGUGGUAAAGACCAACAAUGGCCAGAUCUGGCCGGCGGAUGGACAUGAAUAG